AUGUUGUAUAAUUUAAUACCAGGAAAACAAUCUUAUUUAGAAAAGGUUUAAAAUGUUAAACAAGGGGACUAUCUCUUAUUUAAAGACGAACCUUAUAAAAUUCUCAAAGGUCAAGUUAAAAUGAGUAGUCAUGGAAUUUGCGCUUAUUUUAAAGUAGAACAUGCAUUUUCUAAAUAAAUCCUUGAAGAUAAAUUUCAUUCUAAUGGAUAUUUGGAAAUUCCUGUGAUUUAAUUUGAGGAAUAUAAUUUAGUUGGAAUUAAUGAUGAUGAUUUUUUAUCUUUACUAAAAUCCAAUGGNAUACAAAAAAUUUAAGGAAAAAAAGAAUAUCUCCUUAUAGAUUUGUAUUUAUUCUCAUUUUAUUUUAUUCUAUACUUACUAUAAAUAGUAUAGUAAAUUAUUAUGAAUUUUAAAAGUAUCUAAAAAAAUAUCCUGAAACAGCUUAAUAUAAAAAAUAAUUGGCUGAUCUUGGUGGAGAUAUACCAUUAAUGUUUGCUUAAAGGGAAGUUCUUUAUGGUAGAAAAAACUAUAUGUACUUAGAUGCUACUUAUUUCGAUAGGAUGUGGUAUUAUAUUAUGGAGUCUCUCAAUAAUACUAAAUUAUUUACAUCAUAAGAUCCAGAUUUUAAUAAGUAAUUUAUAAUAAUCAUAUUUAAAGAAUGCUUGUGACUAAUAAUUUUAAAGACUUUUAUGCUUAAAUUCAAUUAAGUGAUUUAUGUGAAUAUUUACCAGGAGAUAUAAAGAUUAGAGCAGUAUCAUUAUGUCCAACUAUAAUGAAUUAAAAUAUGAGACAUGGACUUAAAGCGAUGUUGAUAUAUAUUCAAAACUUAAUUGAGACUGAUGUUGCAAUCAAUAAUUUUACUUACAGAGCAGUUCCAACUUAAAAUGAAUUAGAAGGAGCAUUUAUGAUAUCUGAAGUUAUAAAUGUAAUGAAUUCUUAUUUUUAUAAUGAUUUAAUUGAUGUUACAACCAAAUUGGUGGAUCAAUAAUAAGUAAAUUAUUCUAUUAUAAUAGAUUUUCAAUAUUUGUUAUUUAGUUAUACUUUUCGUGGUUUUAUUGAUUAUAAUAACUGAAGUUAAGAACAAAAUAUAUGAAAAUAGUAAGAUCAUAAUACAUUUUGUAUAUGUGAUACCUUCCCAAACAAUAUUCACUGAUGAUACAUUUGAAAGAACUCUUAGAACUUUAAUCAAUUUCUGA